CUGUUAAUGGUUUGGUGAACGCGUCCAUUAGUAGAUUGAAAUGUCAACAACAAAGCGAAUCAAAACAACUGUAAAAAUACGAGGUGAAAUGAGUGCGAAAUGAGGAAAGUGAGUGUUUUGCUGGGGUUUUUCGAAACUGGAACGUUUUCCUAGUAAUGGAGAGCGGUAUGGAGUGCGAAGAGCAGGCCGACAGCGAAGAAGCAGAAAUGGAACAAGUGGAAAAGAAACGUAUUCGGCUACUUCGCCCCCAAACCCAGCAGCCGAAACAAGUUGGUGCCAAAGAAGAACGACACGCUAAUUUAAGAAAAGUUUCCUUAAUCCUGCAAAAGUCUGAACAUGAUCGCAAUCCUGCCGAUCUUAAAACGUUAAGUGAAUGUUCAGGUAUCGUGGAUGAAGUUCAGCAACGGUUGAAUAAACGGAGACAAAUUAAGAAGAGAUUGGAGGAACUCGAAGAUCCGGAGGAAGUCCUUACACAGAAAUGCCAAGUUUUAGCACAAGCCAUUGCUCAGUCGCAACAUCUUGUAGUCUAUACCGGAGCUGGAAUAAGUACUGCUGCCAAAAUACCUGAUUAUCGAGGACCGAAUGGUAUAUGGACCAGGCUUAAAGAGGGCAGAGAUAUUGGAGACCACGACCUCUCGCUGGCCGAGCCGACGUACACUCACAUGGCUCUAUACGAGCUUUAUCGCCAGAAAAUCCUCAAAUACGUAGUAUCGCAAAACUGUGAUGGGCUCCAUUUGCGAUCGGGGCUUCCCCGGACUGCACUAUCAGAGUUACAUGGAAACAUGUACAUCGAAGUAUGUAAAACAUGUAAACCUCAUCGGGAAUUUUGGAGACUGUUCGAUGUAACUGAAAACACUGCCAGAUACGCUCACAAAACAUACAGGAGAUGUUACAUCUGCAACGGCUCUUUGAUAGAUACCAUUGUUCACUUUGGCGAAAGAGGAAGCCUACAGUGGCCCUUAAAUUGGAAAGGCGCGUGCAAGAAUGCGAAAGAAGCAACGACCAUUAUUUGUCUCGGUUCAAGCCUUAAAGUUUUAAAGAAGUACCCGUGGUUGUGGCAAAUGGACAAGCCAGUUAAAAAGCGACCCAAUCUAUACAUCGUCAAUCUUCAGUGGACGCCCAAAGACGAGUGUGCCAAUAUCAAAGUAAAUGGCAAGUGUGAUGUUGUUUUUAAAAAAAUUAUGAACAUGUUAGGAAUUGCGGUGCCACGCUAUCAAAAGUCUCGAGAUCCGAUCUUCUACCACGCCUGCGAAUUGAACGAUCUCGAACUGCACACAAACUCGCAACCCUGCCUGGUACAAGACGUUGAAUCGAAAGAUAAUUUAGAUGAUAAUCUAGAAGAUAAGUAUUAUAAUGACAUAGAUUUUAAGGUACAAAUUGACUUAGACGGUAAGCCACUAAUCGAAGACUGUUCUCUUAGUAAUAAUUCCGAUCUGAAUCUUGACUGUGAUAAAAGUUUUAGCAAUAGUUCCAACGGCUAUAUGAAGCGAGAAGACAAUGUGCUGUCGCCCGAAGGAUUAGUUAAUAGUUUUUUAACUAACGUUCAGACUUACACCCGAAUUCUCGAACCAUCCCUGAGUCUUUUUAGCUACAAUUUUCUAAAUAGCAGCAUUUUCCGACCGUACAGCAAUCUGUUCUUGUACCCGUAUCAAACUAGUUUCCUUUACCCCGGUUUACACAGUAUUAUCAACCCUUUACCAGUGAUUAAAGAAGAUUCCUUUCCAACCUCUGAGCCUGUUGAGCACGGAACACCUUCAUGCAAGUAUUGCCAUGCGAAUUACAAGUCGUUUGCCUGCAUAUUUUACGGCAAAUCCGAACCUGUGUUUAAAAAGGAAAAGUUCAGAUACAGCAAAGUGGAAAAGCGAGAGAAGCAAAACGUUUGCGUUUGUUGCGACUACACGACUGAUGAGGAGGACAUCGACUUGAGUAGUAGCGACAAGGAAGUGAGCAGCAGUAGUUCGUGCGAGAAGAGUCGAAUUCAAGCUGGAUGGUUCGGAAAAGGAUACCGUAAAGGUCGGAGAUUCAAAAGAAAAGCAACAGAAAGCAAAUAAUGUUUUUCCUAAACGAUAAAUUCUGGUUUGUGAUAAUUGUUUAGUGUUGGUAUGUUUCAGUUAGUGAAAUCCAGUUUUAGUCUUAGUGGUUGAAGAACGAAAGUUCAUUCAAGUACUGCUUGUCGUAUGCAUGUUUUUUCACCAGAGGAGUGCCAGGGAAACUCUACACCAAAUUGUAGUUUUCCAACGAGAGGCAAUUAAUUGUUUUUAUUGUUUGAUACAGAAUGCCCCAUUAGUACGAAAUAGUUUGAUUGUUCGAUUGAUUAAAUUGGAGCCAAAGUGAACGUUCAGUUAUGUGUUUAUAUACAUAUGCAGGGUGUCCGGAAAAGAUAAUAUUAAUAUUUGCGCAAGAAAUUCAGAAGAUGCUGAAGAUGGUUCGGAUGGUUCAGACUCUACAUGAAAAAUGAACUUAAACCUGCGGUGAAGGUCGCAAUGUUACCAUUGUUUAAGUAACUGGGAAAAAUACCUUAGUUCGAAGAACAAUCCAACUGUUACAAGCUAUUAACAGCUUUUGCAGGCCUUAAAUUUUUUGAAGACCUUUCGGCACACCCUGCAUGCACCAAUCUGAUUUCAGGUCUCGACUUUCUGUUCAACUCUGUGAAUUAACACAUUAACUGUAGUUCGUAAUGCUAUUUAAGUCCAAUGUUAGUACUUUUCAAAUUUAUGCAAAUUAGAGGCAAGUCAGUAAUAAGUUAAUUGUGUGGAUCUUAAUUGUGAUUAUUUUUGAAUUUUUCGAUAUCAAUUUUGUUAGGGCAUCUUCAUAAAUUUGUCGGAAUUCAGCCCUCGUGUACUGAUCAUGAUCGAUUUAUAGUUUAAUUUACAGCAAAUAGUUUGUUGCAUAGUUGGUAUAUUGCGUCUUUGUGAAUAGUUUAUUGUGCUUAUCUACCGACUGCCUUAAAUAUGUUUCUUUCGUAUAUAUAGUUUUCGUUCUGUAUCGCAUGGUUCGGUUAAUGUGUUAUUUUUAUCUCGUGGCAAUCGUCAAUUUUAUUCAGACAAAAGAUAUAUUAGAAUAUCGGAUGUAUUUGUAAUUAAAUGUGUUUAAGUCAUAAGUAUUUUGUUUGGUAGUUUUUAAUAUUUAUAUUAUGUCCGUGUAAGAAUGUGCAGUUUUUCGAACCGGUUGACGAAAUGUUCCUACAGUAUUACGCCCAUUGUCCUAAAGGCAAUCGAUUCAUCAUUCAAAUGCAUCUUUAAAUAAGACUGUUUUUUUUUUAAAUUAAUUAGUCUAGUUCCUCUAGUCGCAAAAAUUGGUUUUACAGCCUAUUUUCUUCAAUCGCUAAUACUGCGAAAUUGAAAUGCGUGUAAAGCUAGCUGUCGUUUUAUUAUGUGUAAUUUAUGACUGUUCGUCGUUCUCACAUUUUGUACUGUGUUCAUUUAUACUUUUUAAUAUAUAAUUUAAUUUUGUAAA